AUGGACCCACUAACCCACAGUCCCACUGUUGCGAGAAGAUGGAUCUGUAAGAAUGUUGGGAAUUGUGAUGGGAGGGCUGGCAAAGUGGCCGUAACACUUCGAAAAUGGAAAUCUCUCCCGGAGAGCACCAUGUCGCCUCAACCACUUGCAUACCAAGGGUCACCAACCGUCACAGCGGCUGGACCCCACUCGGUGCUCAAGUACGAGCAGACUUAA